AUGAGUUUUCUUGAAAGUUAUAAAGAAAAUGGCUGCGAAAAGGUUCUCAAUGAAGCAACGGAAAUUUGCGAACGCAUUUCGAUUGAAGUUGAAUUUGAUCAUCAAAAACGUCGAGCGGGUAGAACAACUGUUACAAAUGCAGAGGAAUUUGAAACAAAAGUUUUCUUACCAAUCAUUGAAUCCGCAACUGAUUCAGUCACUGAUCGUUUCAAAGCACUAAAGCAACACAGCGAAUUAUUCUCGUUUCUUUAUGAUUUUGAAAACUAUGAAGCAAACCGAAACAACGGUAGUUUGCAGAAAUCAUGCAAGAAACUAGAAAUUGCUUUAACUCAUGAUGGAAAAUCCGAUAUCGAUGGUGACGAUUUAUUUGUAGAACUUUCAUUGGUUUCAAGUUUGGUUAAUCAGGAUAAUAUUAUUCACGCAAUCGAUAUACUGAAUUCAAUUCAGAAGCGAAAAAUGGAAAACUUAGUUCCAAAUGCUGUUAUUGCGCUUCGCAUUCUGCUGACGAUCCCAGUUUCUGUUUCAACGGGAGAGCGAUCGUUUUCAAAGCUAAAUUUGAAAGGGCGCCAACGGAUUUUGAACCAGGGCGCCAGCGAAGCUAGAAAUGGCUCUGAUGGAAAUGUGAAGGAAGCUCAAAAACUCAUCGAUCAAGGAGCCGAAGUUAAUAUUGAAAAUAAUUUGAAGGAAACACCUCUUCAUUACGCCGCUUACAAUGGAGCCAUUGUUGAUAGUGAGGAUAAUCUCCAAGCGACACCUCUUCAUUUGGCUGCUCGCAAUGGUCAUAAGAGUGUCGCUGAAUUUCUCAUCCGUAAAGGAGCCAAUACUGGUGUUAAAAAUAAUGCGAAUCGUGUACCCCUUCAAAUAGCUCUUAUCAAUGGUAAAGCUGACUAA